AUGGGAGCUGAUUUACAUGCUGUCGUUAUAACACGAAUUACAAUAUUUCAAAUAACAUAUGUCGAUCUAGAUUCUCCACCAAUACAACUUAUUCGUGUGCUUUGUCGUCAAUUCGAUGAAGCAGUUCACCAUUUAUAUCACUCAGCUGUUAGUAAUGAUACUCAAUCUUCAUCACAAGCUAGCUCUAAUUUAUCAUCUACUCCACUUGAAGAUGUUUAUCUGUUAAACAAUAAUAAUUUAGACAUCAAUACUACUUUUACAUCUACAAAUCCCGACGAUAUUAUUCGAAAGUCUUCAUCAAAUGUUGAUUGUCAAAAACAAUCUGAACAUUUUUCAAAAAAAGUCGUAAAGAAAAAAGCAUUAACAUGUGAUAGUGAUGAUGAUUCACAAGAUGGUAUUAAUUCCUUAGUUGAUGCAAAUAUAAAUGUUGGUACUCGUCAGAAGACUAAACGAAAAUGUCGUUACUAA